AAUCUUUAGUAAGCGUAAGGUAAGAAAUGGUACCUUCUUCCUUUUGAUGGUGGGAGGAAACUUGUCAAAGUGAAAGUGGCUACAUCGAUCUUUCAAGAUGCAGAACAUGAUCAAUGCGGUGAAGGGGACGGCUCUUGGCAUGGCCGAGUACCUAACCCCCGUACUGAAGGAAUCAAAGUUCAAAGAAACAGGAGUGAUUACACCAGAAGAGUUUCUGGCAGCAGGGGAACAUAUUGUCCACCAUUGUCCAACUUGGCAAUGGUCAGGUGGGGAUGAAUCUAAAACAAAACCAUAUCUACCAAAAGACAAACAGUUCCUGAUUACCAGGAAUGUUCCAUGCUACAAACGAGUUAAACAAGUAGACAAUCAUCAAGAAGACCAGGAAAAAGUUAUAGAAGAGGACGAGGAUGGAGGCUGGGUAGACACCCACCAUUUCCCAGGUAGUGAUGCAGCUACCACUUCUAUACAAGAGGCUGUAUCAGAAAUGACCUUGGACACGAAGGAAAGUAAAAGCUCUUCCAGUUCCCAACCACAAGGAGACAACGAUGAUGACGAUGAGGAAGAAGAUGACGAGGAGGCGAUGGAUAUGGAAGCAUUUGAGGAGAGCGGCAUGUUGGAAGAUAAAGAUAAUGCUACACUGGAUCCGACGACAUACGAGAGACAGGACUCAGACGGGGCAGUGGGAGGAGAGAGUGGUAUCUUACAGACGCGAACAUACGACCUGAAUAUCACCUAUGAUAAAUAUUACCAGACACCUAGGCUUUGGUUGUACGGGUAUGAUGAGAAUAGGAAGCCCCUGACAGUGAACCAGAUGUACGAGGACUUCAGUCAGGAUCACGCUAAAAAGACAGUUACCAUGGAGAGCCACCCCCACCUUCCAGGUCCACCAAUGGCUUCUGUACAUCCGUGCCGGCAUGCGGACGUGAUGAAGAAAAUCAUUCAGAUGGUUGCUGAGGGUGGCGGUGAUUUAGGAGUACAUGUAUAUUUAAUGAUCUUUUUGAAGUUUGUCCAAGCUGUGAUACCAACUAUUGAAUACGACUACACAAGACAUUUUACCAUGUGAUAUCUUAUAUUAAAUUUUAUACCAUAUUUAUUGAUUCUUUUGGAACAAUGGACCAGUUGUCAUGGCAACCAAGGAUCCUAGCAACAAGCUGUGGUGAUGGUGUGGUGCAGUUGCUAUGGUGAUGUGAAAACCCGUUACGCUUACCCUCACCGUGCAAUAAACAUGUCAUUCAAAUCUAUAUAUUUGUCAUGUCUGAGAGUAUUUCCAUUGGAUUUCUAUUUGCAUUUAAUUAUUACUGGCAAUCAAGUUAAGGUGAGCAUUAUACGAACAAAUAAACUUCAUGGUUUAAAUUGUACUUGGAUGUCUGCCGUAUCCCAGAUGUUAAAUACUUAGCACCGAGUGUAUGUUGAAUGAUGCGUGUUUUCCUAGAUUAUGUUCAAUCUUAUGAAAAUAAGACUUGUAAUUUACUCUCCUCUACGAUACUCUAUAUGGUACCAUGGAAUACAAAUUGAUAUCAACAUGACCUUUGACCUAGUGUUGUAGUGUAAUUUAAAGGAUCAUUGAGGAGCAGGAUUAACAAUUGAAAUCUUCAUUAGAUUGUGAUUAUAUUAUGGAUAUAUAAGACAUGUUAUCUAUUUAACCUUGUGAUGUGUUUUCUAUCAUGAUUGGAUUCUAGACUUAAUCUAAAUUAUCUCCCUUUCAAUUAUUCUUUGAACUUUCAGUCAACUAGUCUAACUUAUUGAUGAGAAUUCAACUAGUCUAACUUAUUGAUGAGAAUUCACAACCUACUGAUUUUUGUAUUUUUGAAAAUUGCAUGUAUGCUGAAAUUAUUUAACCAUUCCAAAUUAUUUAUGGUUAGAGUCAUUUAGACUCCAGUAAAACAAAAAUGAUUUGGAUCACAAAUGUUGCUUACAACUAAUUUUCCCACAGUUUGGCUGCAUUAUAGACAUGCAUGAUUCAAAAUUACGCAAAUUGUAUGACUUUAAUAUUGCACCGAUUCAAAAGGAAUGAAAAUUGAUAGGAAUAAAACAUAAGACUGGUUCGUGCAUUUUGGUAAAAAACUGUCUUGAUGAUAUGUAUUAGUUUGGUGAUGAUUGUCAAUUUUUAUGUAUAUGUAAAAAGGUUUCUAUGAUGUUCAAAACAGUGAUUACAUAUCAAAUGUACAGUUCAAGAAUCCAAAUUGCAUGAGAUUGUUCAUCUAAAAAAUAUAUACUACAAAAUAAAAAAAAAAAAAUCAUAUUUAAUAUUAAAUCUUACUCUGUAUAUUUUUAUCACAAAACUGAUCUAUUCUGCAUUGUUAUACCCCAUAAACAAAGUAUCUAACUUGAAAACGAGUGAAAGUUGGAAUUUAUUAAGCUAGUUGAUCAGUUUUAAAUGUCUCAGGCCCUUAAUUAAUUCCCUACUAUUUACACAAGUGUAAUAUUCUAUUUAUCAUGUAAUAAAUUCAUGAAAAAAUAUGUUAAACCUCUGGAGUUACCAGGUAAUAUCUCUGAAGACAGACAUAUUUCAACACACACAAUAUGUUUUUCACUACAGAGUGGCAUUAUAGAUUUAUGAUAAACCAUUUUAGUGGUUUUUCCUGUGUCUUAAACUAUCUAAAUAAAUUUCGUUUCACCACAAUCUCAAUAUUGAAAAACAUACUGUCCCAGGCAAAAUUCUCAAGUCUGGUAAAAAAGUUAAUUGGAAGGUUUUCACCCAAUUUUCAUGAAUAUGAGUUAUGUGAAAGAAUCUUACACUUGUAUGAGCAUCAUAUUAAAUGCAUUUAUAUACUUAAUUUGUUAAACAAGAAAACAAGUUAAAUAAUUUGGUUUUGCACAAGCAUUAGCUAGGUAGGUGUCCUGACAAGUUAGUAGGCAAGUUUCAUAAAUUCUAUAUGACAUACUCUCCAAUAUACUGUCCCCUAUACAUGUACAUGUAUGUACAGAGCACCUUGAAAUCAUCAAAUUUUGUGUGGCUUUAAUUUUAUUUGUGGUAAUUUCAUGGGUGCAAUCUCAAAUGUUUAAAGUGAAGUUUAAGUAUGACGAAUUUUGUGAUACUUUAAAUAUUCAUGAAGUGCUCAUAAUUUUUUUUCAUUAAAAAAACCCCAAAAAAUUUGGAUACCACAAAAAUAUCUGAUUUUCCAGUAACUUGAAACAACCCCAAAAUUUGGAUACCACAAAAUAUCUGAUUUUCCAGUAACUUAGCUUUGAUUAUUACUGAUCAUUUGUUUAAACUGUGUAUGUGUAUUCAAAGGUCUGAUUUGGAGAGGUUUUCAGAUUAGACAGUGUUCACUUUAUACAGGUUAGACAGUGUUGUAGAUGUAUGUUUACAAUUUGUUAUUGGUGUGUGUAUGUGGGAGGACGAAUUAUAGGACACAGUAUCACAUGGCCCAUUGUUUAUAAAGGGGUUGGCAUUAUAUUAAGGUAGGUAUACAGUGUAUAACAAAUCGAAACAAAAUGGGCCAUUAAAAUCCAUCGGUAAAAAAAUGGUAGAAAUAUUUAAUGACACAUUAUCUAGAGCCAGAUAUUAUUGUCUAUAUAUGUACUAUUUCAUUUGUCUGAAUUAGUUUUAUUUCAAGUCUCUGCAUAAUAGUCGCCCUCUGGCACUUCGUUUCGUCAGGAGUCUGAUAGCUAAUGUGUUAUGUUAAUUGCUUAAUGAUUACGAUAGUCAUUGGAUAAUAAACACAUUAUUACACCUGA